UUUGGAGGAACCAAUGACUGUUCAUGGGGAACCACCUCCUUGGAGGAGAAGUGUCAGCUUUGUGGGGCCUAGAAUGGACUUUGAAGGUUCGCUUUAUGAUGAUUAUGGGCUUAUUGAACCGCCAAUUAACUUCAAGUUGGAUGAUGACGUUGCUAAAAGAACUGAAGAGCUAAUACGUGACAUGUACGAAAUAACAAUCUCUCUGCUCAGGAGUCACCAUGCAGCUCUUCUCAAAACCGUGAGGGUUCUUUUGGAUAAUAUGGAGAUCAGUGGAGACGAAAUUGAGUAUAUCCUUGAUAAUUACCCAGAAGAAACACCCUUAAAACUGCUUCUGGAGGAGGAGAAUCCAGGAACUUUGCCGUUUUUUGAGACAGAAAAUGGUCUGGAUUUGGAGUUAUCCUUCCUAGCCCCAUCGGAAGUGGAGAUCUCGUAAUACAGGUGGCUUGUGCUUCCCUGCUCAACUUAUGGUAUAGAGAGAUUGUGCUUCCUAGGAGGUCAGCAUGUAUGGAUUAGCCCAGCUUAGACUAGUGGGCGUGGGAAACCCUCAGGUGAGGCGGACUGGUCAGGAAGGCACAAAAGAGUGUUAUCAACCAGCAAUUUUGUAGUCUCAUGUGCCCUAUGGUGUAUAUUUCUUUAAUCUACAGAAUCAUUUGGUAUGAAAGUUGAAAAGGAUCCCUAUACAAAAGGUGCUAAUAGAGUUGAAAAAGCAUUUCUUUGCGGGUGUU